CCUGAACAGACACCAAUAAAAGCUAGCAGUUCCUCCCUGGACAAAAAUCACACACAGGAGCUGCCCAGCAUUUGGAUACAAUCCAUAUCACAUCCAGAAACCUCGUCUCUGGUUCUGCAAGCACCAUGACCUCCAGCUUCUCCAUGAACAGUCACUCUCUGGGACGUACGGCGUCGUUCUCCAGCAUGUCUAUGCGGGACAUUGGAGUUCGGGGACGUCCUAAAGUCCCAGUGUCCCUCUCAUCCGCCAAUACUUUGUCCUUGUCCCGUUCCACCUCUCUGGGUAAUGGCCUGAACAUCAUAAGCAACCUCUCACUGAAUGGUCUGGGAGCCGGUGUCAGCGAGAAGGAGACCAUGCAAGUCCUAAACGACCGACUUGCCAGCUACCUGGAAAAGGUGCGCUCGCUGGAGAAGUCCAACGCUGACCUGGAGCUGAAGAUUAAACAGCUGAUGACUGAGCGAGCACCCAAAGGUCACGACAUUGAGGGACUGAUGGCACAGGCCCAUGCGAUUGGGCAAGAGGUGAGGAAGAAGACGUUGGAGAAUGCUCGAAUCAUGCUGGAGAUUGACAACGCCAAACUUGCGGCUGAAGAUUUUAGGGUCAAAUGGGAGGCAGAAGCUACUCUUUGCCAGUCGGUUGAGAGAGACUGUCACGCUCUGAGACGAGCCAAAUCUGAUCAUGAUCAGUUCAUCACAACCCUUCGAGGAGAUCUGGACAGUCUGAAAGAAGAGCUCUAUUUUCUCAAGAAGAACCAUGAAGAGGAGAAGAAUGCUCUGAAGAGCCGUCUGGCCAAUGAGCAGGUGAACGUGGAGGUGGACGCAGCUCAAGGCCCAGAUCUGGGAGCCAUCAUGGCUGAGCUGAGGGUUCAGUACGAGAACAUCGCACGCAAGAACAAAGAGGACGCAGAGAUGUGGUAUCUGAAGAAGCUGGAGGCCGUGCAGUCGGAGGUGAAGGAAAGCAAUGAGGCUCUGCGAUGCGCUCAGACUGAACUCAAUGAAAGACGACGCUUCCUGCAGGCGCUCGAGGUGGAGCUGGACAGUCUGCGCAAACAGAUUGGCGUUCUUGAAGGGAACCUCGGAGAGACGAAUCAGAAAUACACUCUAGAGAUGGAGCGUCUUCAGAGUUCGCUCACACAGCUGGAGGAUGAGCUCUCACAGCUGCGCCUCGACAUGCAGAGAAUCAAGACCGAUUACGAGCAGCUGCUGCGCAUCAAACAGAACCUGGAGCUGGAAAUCGCCACCUACAGGCGCCUGCUGGACGGAGAGGACGUGAUGAAAGAGAUAGUCACUCCUAAAAAAGAGCCUGAAGUGAGAACCAGGAAGAUUGUGAAGGUGGUCACCCAGACCAUGGUGAACGGAAAGGUGGUGGAUGAAUCCAGUGAAGUCGAACAGAUUGAAGAACGAAAAAAGUCUGAUUCUAUAAGGCGAGUCGCAGUAGAGCGGGUCAUUUAACAGUAUAUCACAGACCGAAAGUCACACAGCGAAACUAAAUACAUACGAUACUCACUGUUAUCCUGGAUGAAGUACUAUAGUUUUAGAGGCAGUGGUAGAAAAACGAUACGUACUGUAGCUGUGGAUGGCAAUUUGAACCUGUCUGGUCUCAGUGUGAGAAACUGAAGCAAAGGAUGAAAUCAAGCUGAAAAAGCCCCGACACCAAUCCUCUGUGGUGUCAGAUGUCCUGCUUUUGUGAGGGUUUCUGAGUGAAACAUUGACUGUACUCUCGCCAAUCAGUCCUGGUGAACAGGAGACUUUCACUUCGGUUUGCUCUGAUAAGCUCUGCUGUUCUUUUGACCCCAAGAAAUAUAACAGUUUAGAUAUUUAGAGGGGUAGUUGACCCCAAAAUUAUAUUGUGUUAUUAAUCCUCAUACUCAUCCUCAUGUCGUUCCAAUCCCCCCGAGACCUUCAUUCAUCUUCAGAACACAAGUUACUGUAUUUUAGAUGAAAUCCUGGAGCUCUCAUCCUCCACACACAGCAAUGGAACUGAGAUGUUUAAAGUCUAGAAAGGAAGCAGAAGCAUUGUCGAAAUAUUCUGUGACUUCAACUGUAAUCAUAUGUAGCUAAAAAAAACACUUGUGUGCCAAAAAACCUACUUUGUUUACCUACGUCCUCUCUUUAGCCAUGCCAGGUCCUGGUGUGCAUUUAAAUAUUUUUGGAUCUUCGUAUAUGAUUUAUUUUCUCAAUU